CCAAUCAGCAGCAUAAAUAUGCUUGACAAUUGAAAGGGUACCUGUCAGCUUUCAGGGAGCUGGAAGUUACUCAUCUAAUACCGUUUGCAUCCGUUCUUUAGCACGUUUAGCAUCGCACUAUCGCCAAGUUAACCAGCCGAGUGAGACUAAACAUGGCGGCCUACAAAUUGGUGCUUAUUCGCCACGGAGAGAGCAACUGGAACCAGGAGAACCGCUUCUGCGGCUGGUUUGAUGCGGACCUGAGUGAGACUGGGGAGCGGGAGGCUAAGAGAGGAGGACAGGCCCUUAAAGAUGCUGGCUACGAGUUUGACGUUUGUUACACCUCCGUGCUGAAGCGAGCCAUCAGAACACUGUGGCUGGUCUUGGACAGCAUCGACCAGAUGUGGUUGCCUGUACAUCGGACCUGGCGUCUAAACGAACGCCACUACGGCGGCCUGACGGGACUCAACAAGGCAGAGACAGCUGCCAAGCACGGAGAGGCUCAAGUGAAAAUCUGGAGGCGCUCGUUCGAUAUCCCUCCUCCUCCUAUGGGCCCCGACCAUGACUACUAUUCUGUGAUCAGCAAGGACCGUCGGUAUGGAGACCUGACUGAGGACCAGCUGCCGUCCUGCGAGAGCUUAAAGGACACCAUUGCGAGAGCUCUGCCCUUCUGGAAUGAGGAGAUUGCCCCUGAGAUUAAACAAGGAAAGCGAGUUCUCAUCGCUGCCCAUGGAAACAGUCUGAGGGGAAUUGUCAAACACCUGGAAGGUAUGUCAGAUGAAGCCAUCAUGGAACUGAAUCUGCCAACUGGCAUCCCCAUCCUCUAUGAGCUGGACAAGAACCUGAAACCGGUGAAGCCCAUGCAGUUCCUGGGGGACGAGGAGACUGUACGCAAAGCCAUGGAGGCUGUUGCUGCUCAGGGAAAGGCCAAGAAGUGAAAAACGGAGCGCCCACUAAGUCAUCUUUGUCUGUUCUUAGGUUUACCCAAACUGCUUAGUUCAGAUUAUUUUUUUUUCUCCUUAAAUUCUGGUUUAUUUUGGUUUAGAAAAUGCUGGAUGUUGUGUAGAUUGUUGUCAAAAAUAACAUUGCAUUCCUUAUUUAGUGGAGGAAAGAAUGGGUAUAUUGGCUGGGAUGUGCUGAAACUCCAGAGAAUAAAAAUAUAAAAAAUAUAUUUAUAAUGAUAUAUUAUAAACAUAGUUCUAAGUUGACCAAAUCACAUAUUGCACCUAAACAAGCAUGGUUGUUAUUGGGGUAAGCUGUACAAGUUCAUGUAUGUAGUGUCUUUAAAAUGAUGCAAAUGAAGACUAUAAUGACUGACAGUUCUGUUGUGGUCAGUUGUAGAUGUGUUUUGAUAUUUUUUUUUUUUUUUUCCGUCAAAAGAUUUCCAACACAACUUGACCCACAAGAAAUCACUUGUCUGUGUAGAUGAAACACUGAAUUGUCCUCGGAUUGAUGGGUAGCACAGUAGUUUUAAUGUAACUUUGCCUGCUCAGUUUAUAUGACGCUUAUUUAAGAGUUUCAAAUUAAAGGUCAUUAGUUUGCUAAUUUGUUUGAGGGAAAAAUGGUAGAAAAAAAUGUAUAUUUUUCUGUCUACUGUACGCCUGUCUAGUGCAUUUGCGUGUUGCUUUGUAUGUGGAAAAAUGUGCACUUUUCUUUUGCUCAUUUUUGAACAGUGCUGCAAAACAUUUCCUUCAGUUUUGCAGUGGCAGUGUACAUUCCAUUUGCAGGAUUAAGGCUUUUUACCUUUACAGUGUUGAGAAGCAGAGGUUGUUUCAGUCUUUGGCAUCUAUACAGUGUGUUAAUGUGCCUCCCGCUAUGUCUCAGAGUAUUUGUUUCCAUUUCACUUUAAGCAAAUGUACCCUAAACAUGCUAAUAAAUGGGCUCUAACAUCUUA